AUGGAAAAGGAUGUUGUAGUGAGGCAAAAUGAAGAGAGAUUGCAUGCGUUACACUUGUUGCUUUGCAUUCAAUUUGUCGGUACCAUUUGGGGUAAUCAUGUUUUCGAUUAUGGCAAUCUAGAGGAUUUAUACGGUGAUCAUGAUCUGUUCAUGGGUGAGGAUGCUCUUGGUGAUGUUGAUCAACUGCUCGAACGAAACGAAAAGAUGAGUUUGGAAACUUUUCACAAAUUUCAGGCCUUCAUUUUGCCGGUUUCGAAGCCACUCGGGCAAGUGACUGGAAUUGGGAUCGAUUCAAAUAAUCAUUUGAUCGCCUUUCAUCGGGCUGAUCGUACGUGGGAUGAAGAAUCAUUCGACAAAGAAAAUCGAUUCAAUAGAAGUCUGAAGGCGAUAAAAAACUUUACAAUUGCUGUGAUUGAUCCUGAAUCUGGGAAGGUCCUGCAGGAAUCCGGUGACAACAUGUUCUUCUUGCCGCACGGAUUGACUGUCGAUAGCGACGACAAUAUUUGGCUUACGGAUGUCGCUUUACAUCAGGUGUUCAAACUGGACAAGAAUUUCAAAACUCAACUGAUAUUGGGUGAACAUUUAAAGCCUGGUAAUGAUAACCGACACUUCUGUAAGCCAACUGAUAUCGCAGUCGCUAAAAAUGGACAUUUCUUCGUAGCGGAUGGCUACUGCAACAGUCGUAUCAUGAAAUUUGACAAGAAUGGCAAAUUUCUGACGAGUUUUGGAUCCGAGAACAGUGGAAUUUUACCGGAAGAUGGUGAAUUUUGGAUACCGCAUUCGCUGGCUUUAAUUGAAGAUAUGAACUUGAUUUGUGUUGCGGAUCGUGAAAAUGAACGCAUUCAAUGCUUCAGUGCGGGUUUAGUCGAGGAUAACAGGAACAUACCAACGGGAAUAUUCAUCACGAAAGCGGAGAACAUUGGACGAGUUUUUGCGAUUCGUGAAAAACGUAUUUUCUUUUUCUUUUUUUAUGUUGAAAAAAUUGUUUAA